AUGUACUGGCCAAACGGAGUUCCGAGGGUCUAUGCAAUCAAUGGCCCUGGAAUUCCAGCCCCGCUAUCGGACGACGCAGACGAUGCUGUCCUUGAGGACAGCUCCUCAGAGCAAGCGCAGAUUCAGCCGCUGAAUCAGAGCAACGGCUCCGAAUCGCAUUCUGGCCCAGGGCCGUCGAUGCAAUGGGCGGAUGAAAUCAUAAGGGGUCUUUCUGUUUCUCGCAAUGGCCAUGUGUUUGCGACGAUGACCGAGUCUGCGAUUACAGUCUGGCAAACCAGGCCCACUGCUGUCGUUGCAGCCUUUUCUCGAUCGUCAACAUCGUUGGAAACGUACGGCUCCAACAUUGCUUUGAUGAUGCGUCCUGAUGCGACAAUCCUUGUUGUCCAGACUCAGGAAGGCUAUCUGCUCACCUAUACCAUUGCGACGGACGCCAACUCUCGUGUCUACCAGCAGCAGUACGAUCAGAGCAAUACCUCUCGCCGCCAGCAAUUAGCCCGUCUCUCUGCAGACGAAGAUGCCAGCAGCAUUCGUGAUGUCAGCAUUCGAUUUCGGAUGGCGAUUAAGAUAGAGUCCGGCAUUGUGAAAGCGCUAGCUUUAGACAAUGAGCUUGUGGUUGCGACAGCGAAGCCCGCUGCUAUCCAAUGCAUAAGAUGGACACCUGACGAACACGGUACACAAACGCAGUCGGAGCUUCUGAGCCGAGCUCUCGGCGUGUCAAGGCAGACCUCCAUCACUGAUAUGGUGUAUGACCGUGCAAUCAACCUCAUGGUGUGGGUGACCAAUGAAGGUCACGCGUACGCCGUUCAACGGGUGUCUGAGGCAUCACAACAGCCCGAAUCUCGCAAGGCUCUCUUUAACGGCCAUUGCUUCCAUACUCCAACAAGCGACAACGACAAGGCCGUCAAAGUUACAGUCAACGCUCGGUUUUCGCUGCUCACCAUCAGCUGCGCCAACGGCAAUGUUCUUGUCUACACGGCCAAAGAUUAUCUGGGAAAUGUUCCUUUGUCGCACAAACUUCAUCCCCCUGCCUCACCCAGCACAACUGGCAACUUAACGUUCAUGUGCUACUCUCCUGACGGGUACUGCCUUUUCGCGGGGUACGAACAUGGUUGGACAACGUGGAGCGUAUUUGGCAAACCAGGCGGGAACAGCUUCUCAAUUGAUCGGUCUCUUGCCGAAUCGAACGGGGAGAAUUGGCUGACUGGCACUUCUCAUGGUUGUUGGAUCGGCGGAGGCUCAGAUAUUAUCUUAACGGGCCAAGAUGACCGGCGCAUAUGGAUUUUGGAAACAGCCCGCAGCGCACUCACGGGGUGUUACUCGUCUGCCAAUCUCGCUAGAGGCUUACUGCAAACGGGGACGGAGGUAAUCAUAUACCGCGGGCACGACUUGCCAGAUCUCAUAACUAUCUCUGGUAAAGACUCAUUAUGGCACCAUGCACAGUAUCCGCCUGCCUACCUCCACUCGCAAUGGCCCAUCCGCUCCAGCUCGGUGUCCCAAGACGGCAGAUAUGUCGCCAUAGCGGGAAAACGGGGCCUUGCGCAUUAUAGCGUAAAUAGCGGUCGCUGGAAAGUGUUUGAGGACUCAAAGAUUGAGAACUCUUUUGCUGUACGAGGCGGGAUGUGCUGGUAUGGUCAUAUCCUAAUUGCAGCCAUCGAUCGCGACGGCUCUUAUGAGUUAUGCAUGUUCUCCCGCGAACUCCCGCUGAAUAACCAUUCUAUUCUCCACAUAGAAUACCUGCCGUCGCCAGUAGUCUUUAUUGGGCCCUCUGGCGAGGACUCUCUCCUUGUUUACACCUACGAAAACAUUCUUUACCAUUAUAUAAUCAAUUCGACGCAGUCACGAAUACGUCUCGUUCCUGUUGGUCAAAUUGCGUUCAACGGCAUUGUGCGAGCACCUACCCGAGUCCGAUCUAUCAGCUGGGUUUUACCUGAAGAACAAUUGCGGAACGGAGACCCAUCGCAAGAUGUGAAGGUGGCGUCCGUACUCCUGCUCGUUGAUGGAAAUCUGGUGCUCCUCCAGCCAUCUAUGUCGGAUAACGGAGAUAUGAAAUACGACAUGCGUGUUAUCUCUCACGACGUUGAAUAUUAUAUUUUGAUGCGUGAUCAACUCUCCUUCAACUUUGCUCCGCCCGUUCAGGAAUCACUGCCGCCUAGUCCAGCAGCAGAGCUGGCUCUCAACCACUAUCACAGCAAUCUCACCUUGCGGGACUCGUUAUGGACAUUCUCCGGUAGAGACCUUACAGCUUGGGGUGACGUCCAAGAUGUAUUGCAGCGGGAGGAUGUGCCGAAAUCGAUUGAAGUGCCUCUUGAUUUCUACCCAUUGUCAGUCCUCUUGACGAAAGGGAUUGUAUUAGGGGUGGAACCCGAGACAAUCCAGCGGCGCGAUGUCACCUUUGUGAUGCUUAAAUUCGCUAUCAGGACACACCUCUUCCUCCCGUACUUCUUACAGCACAGUCUUGUUCAAGGCGACAUCCCGGCAGCGCAUUCGCUGUGCCAACAUUUCUCCCACCUUUCGUACUUCCCGCAUGCGCUUGAGAUCCUUUUACACCAUGUUCUCGACGAAGAAGUGGACAAUGUGGCGCGGGAUAGCAAACUCGAUGAUCAAACUCCUAAACAUGACCCGCUUCUGCCCUCGGUCAUCUCCUUUCUCCAAGCCUCUCUCCCAUCCAGCGAAUUCUUGGACAUUGUCGUCCAAUGUACCCGUAAGACCGAGCUCCGGUCAUGGCGUACCCUCUUCGCCUACCUCCCCGCCCCGAAAGAUCUCUUUGAGCAAGCCUUGAAACUAAACUCCCUCAAAACUGCUGUUGGAUAUCUACUUGUCUUGCAAGCCUUUGAAGACGAGUCCGAGGGCCACGACGCCCCGGUCGAAGACUACGUUGUCAGAUUGAUGAUAUUGGCGUCCCGUGAAAGUGACUGGGAGCUCUGCGCACAGCUCGCUCGGUUCCUUGUUGCUCUUGAUGGCUCCGGCGAGAUGCUCCGCCGUGCUGUGUCGCGUGCAGGCCUGCGACAUGGUGGUUCCCCUUUAGGAGUUAACGGGACCGGAACUCACCCGAUGGGACUCGGCCUGGCUAGCCGGUCGCCAUCAUGGUCUGCACAGUCCGCUGCGCCUUCGAUAUCCUCCGACAGAUCCGCCGGCGGGAGCACGAAUAACUGGCCAUAA